ACAAAUUCUCUAUCAACUAUUUAUAUUAGUUUUACUCUUUCUUGAGCCGCUCAAAAUUUUAUGUGGAACUUAAAAAGAUAAUUAUAAAAUUCCAAAAACAAAAAAAAAAUUCUUUUAGCCGACCUUCAAAAUGAUGCUAUCCACUUAUCAACACGACUAUGUUCCACCGAACACGAAGCGCUACGAGUUUAUGAGCCACCUCAAGACACACGACGGCUUCGGGGGGCCAAAGGUUGUGGAAUGCGAAUGCGUGGAGGAGGACAAGAUAAAGCCGCCGGAAGACGCGGUCAAGAAUUGCUCGGGCGUGGAAUGGACGGGUAUAGCACCGAUGGGACGUUUAGUGGAUCCACGUCUAAUACCAACCGAACUGGCACAGGAUCAGGUGGAGAAAAUGGCGUUUGCCCCCGAAUCGGACUGCUCGAAGCUGCAGCCGAAUCGGUUUCUCAAAAUAUUACGCAACGUCUAUCCGGAUUUGUACGAGCGCCUGAAGUUAAUGCCCAAGGAGGAAUUGGGACGCAGGCUGGAAACGAAUCGCAUGUACACAACAUAUCAGAUUGAUUACUGCGACGUUAACGAGUACCCAGAGGGCAUUUACGAGAGCAUGAAGCCCACAGACGAAGCAUCCAAAAUGAAAUCGGACAAACUGUUGUCGAAAAAGGAGCCUUGUUCCGAAUUCCGUUCGGAUGUGAUGAAGCAGCUAGAGCGCGAAAAUACCACCGGCUACGAAGUCAAGGACGAUGAAUGCGAGCAAGCCUAUAAGCCAUUCAAGACCACAUUCUCCGAUUCCUCCCAGUUCGUCAACUCGGGCAACAACUCACACUGGAAGACGGCGGGCAGCACGUUCCGCAAGUCGCCGAACUUUACCGAAUACAUGGACUCAAUCAGCCGCAACGGCUGCAUCAUAAUGCGCAACAAGCUGCACGAUCAUUCCAAGUGCCUGGCGAAUCAUUGCCGGCACGAGAUCCGGUUCAACUGCACCGACAUGAAACAAUAGUCUUCAAAAGUAUCUCUAUAAUCCCUGUUGCUUGGUUUGUACACAACUGUUUGAUAUGUAUAAAUUUAAAUUAUCAGA